AUGCAGGCGGCGCCGCGCGUCGCCUUCGGGGUCAUCGCCGACAUCCAGUUCGCGGACGCGGAGGACGGGCACGACUUCGGCGGCUGCCGGCGGCGCUACUACCGGCACAGCCUGCGCUUGCUGCGGGAGGCGGUGCGGGCGUGGGCCGGAGAGAGCCCGCCGAUAGAUUUCGUGCUGCAGCUGGGCGAUAGCAUCGACGGGCAGAACGCCCGGCGCGGCGAGUCCGAGAGCGCCUUGCAGCAGGUGCUGGAGGUCCUGGGGCAGCUCUCGGUGCCGGUACACCACGCGUGGGGCAACCACGAGCUCUACAACUUCAGCCGGGCCCGGCUGGUGCACACCGGGCUGUACAGCCGCCCCGCGGGGGGCUCGGACGGGCCCCCGGACAGCGAGUGCCACGCUUAUCACUGCAGCCCGGCCCCGCGGCUCCGCCUCGUCGUGCUCGAUGCCUACGACGUGAGCACCCUGGGCACGGACCCCGGCAGCCUCCGCUACCAGGAGUCCCUGCGGGUGCUGCGGGAGAAGAACCCCAACGAUGACCUCAACAGCCCCACAGGGCUCAAAGAACCUCAUUUUGUAGCAUUUAAUGGAGGAUUUAGCCAAGCCCAGCUGGACUGGUUCAAUGAAGUCCUCAAGUUCUCUGAUGAAAACCAAGAAAAAGUUAUAGUUGCGGCUCACCUGCCCAUUCAUCCCUCUGCUUCCAACGGGGUUUGCCUGGCCUGGAAUUACGAGGCUGCCCUGGCAGUCAUCCACUCGCACGGGUGUGUGGUGUGCGUCCUCGCGGGGCACCUGCACGACGGCGCCUACUGCCUGGACACGCACGGAGUGCAUCACCUCACCCUGGAGGGGCUGAUCGAGACGCCGCCGGAAAGUAACGCUUUUGGAACUAUGUAUGUCUAUGAAGAUAAAAUGGUACUGAAGGGAGGUGGCAGAAUUCCUGACAGAGUUAUGCAUUUCUGAAAUACCAGGCAAAUACAGAUUGUUCUUCUUGAGGAAGGAGUCGGAUAAAAAUGUAGGAGAUUCAGCUGUUUGCUUUUAGAAAGCUGUGCAUGGCUGAUCCUUAUUGCUUUGGCUCAGGCGUUUUUCUCUUGGAUACAGGAUUUUAGAAAUUAUGUUUCUGUAAGAAAGCACCUGAUUUCUUUUUGGAGAACAAAGAAGGUCAGUAAUUUAAAUAAAUAUACUUGAAUGCAGAAUGUUGAUUUCAAACACCCAAUCCAGACCGGAUUUCUGCUGUGAAAAGAUGCAAACCAUGUAAUGGAUAGUGUUCAAAAAACCACUGCUGUUCUCUCUGUGAGCAUUAAAGCAUGCAGAGUUGUACCUGC